UGCCGGCGAUGAUGGAGCUGAAAGCAGCACUGACGCCGUACAUCAACCUCACGUCGUGGACGGCGACGAACCCCUGCUCCUCGUGGUGGCUCAUCACGUGCUGGACCAACGGGCUCGUGCGCCGCAUGGACAUCAGCUCCAAGGCCAUCCAGGGCAACCUGCCCUCCGUCAUCGGCAGCCUCACCAGCCUCGAUGAAUUUUUUGCCACCACGAAUUGGCUCAAGGGACCUCUCCCGGACUCAUUCAGUCGACUCACGGCCAUCAGGAACCUGCAGCUGUUUAAGAACUACUUCGAGGGUCCUAUCCCGGAUUCAUGGGGCAACAUGAAGAACCUCGUGCAGCUGCACCUCAACCUCAACUAUUUUUCAGGUGGGCUGCCCGACACCUUCUCGCAGCUGACCAACAUGCAGAAAUUCUACGUGUCCAGCAACCUGCUCAACUCCUCCUUCCCCACAGUCGUUUGCACCAUGAAGAAUCUGAGAGAGCUUCGCCUCAGCUACAACCACUUCACCGGAUCCGUACCCUCCUGCCUCAGCCAGCUCUCCUACCUCUACUAUCUGUACAUCGACACCAAUCAGCUCACAGGCAGUCUCCCAGCCACCAUCGGCGACCUUCCUGCCCUGCAGAACCUGUUCAUCAAUCAGAACAGUCUCAGUGGCCCUCUCCCACCCAUCAUCACCAAGCUCACCAACCUGCGCAUCCUAUUCAUGAGCAGCAAUCCCUAUCUGGACGGCCCUCUGCCAUCGGACCUGGGCAACAUGGUCAGCCUCACCGACUUUGUGAUGGAGUUUGCAGCCUUCAACGGCACCAUACCUGACUCCAUCUCCAAGCUCACUCGCCUCUCCCGCAUUCUGAUGGACAACUGUCGCUUCACCGGCUCCAUCCCACAGGGCAUCAGCAACCUCAAGGCACUCACCGUGAUGUAUUUGGAAGGAAACCGCUUCCGCGGCAGCUUCCCUGCUGGCCUUCUCACUCUACCCAAACUCAACCUGCUCAACCUACACGACAACCAGUUUUCCGGGCCACUCCCGUCUGGCUUCCUCAACGCCACCAUAGUAACGGCGGGGCAGAUCAACAUACACCACAACUACUUCAACGGCCCUGCCACCAUCGUUGCCGGCGCCUCUCCCUUCUGCCCCAAGGACCAGACCCGCAACGGCAUCUUCUACCAGUCUUCCCUCGCGUACAACUGCAUCAAGUAUCCCGCCACCAGUGCAUGUGCUCUCGCUCCUAGGAUCGAAACCCAGCUUUCCACCACCACUUGCCAGGCGUUCUGUGGCGCUGACGUGGCGCCGUGCGGCGGGCACGGCACGUGCUGGUUUGGGGUUGGCCGCAGCGUGUCGUGUGACUGUGACCCGGGGUAUGUGCCCACCUUGGAUGGGCUGUCCUGUGUGGCUGACACCACUGGCGUGGUGUUCGUGGACAGCCUGACCUCGCGUGUCAUCCCCACUCUCGAUGGCACGAAGCGGCUCACUAUCGGCGUAUACCAAAUAUACCAGAAAUUCCAUCGCGAUCUGCCAGCGACGAAGCAGUACGCGUACGGCACGAGUCAGAAGACGGCGUCGUACCCCGGCCCCACCAUCGUGGCCAAGGUGGGCAUCGACACGACCGUCACGUGGGAGAACCAUCUGCUCGACAACACGCACAUGUUCACCGUCGAUCGCACCGUCAUGAUGGGCAUCAAGCUUCCCAGGAAGGGCAUUCCCAUCGUGGUGCAUCGCCACGGCGGCUCUCAGCAGAGCUUCUACGACGGUCACCCUCUCGCGUGGUUCACGCAGUACGGCGAGAAAGGCCCGACCUAUUACUCCAGCAACUACAAGUACGUGAACGACGAGGCGUCGACCGUGUGGUACCACGACCACAUGGCGGGCAUGACGCGGCUGAACGUCGCGGCGGGCAUGGCGGGGCUGUACAUUAUCACGGACCCCAAGGUCGAGUCCAAGUUCACCUGGUUACCGCCUGCCACCCGUACGAUUCCGCUCGCCAUCGCGGAUCGCCUGUUUUUCGCCAACGGGUCGAUCAAUUAUCCGAACGUGGGCAUCGUGCCGAACGUGCAUCCCAACUGGAUUCCCGAGUAUCUCGGUGACACCAACAUGGUCAACGGCGUGGUCUGGCCGUACCUCAAGGUCCGCCCGGCGCUUUAUCGUUUUAAGGUGCUGGGCGCGUCGAACGCGCGCUUCUACAACCUCCAAUUUGUUUGCGCGCAACGCGGCGAUUAUCCCAACUUCGUACCCCCUCUCACGGGCAAGGUUCUCGAGAUGAUCGAGAUCGCUAGCGACGGUGGUUACCAGGAAAAGCCCGUGUACAUGACUUCGCUGCUCCUCACCCCCGGCGCUCGCCACGACAUUCUCGUGGAUUUCUCCAACCUCCCGUCGUCAUGCAAAGACGUCAUUCUCCAAAAUACUGCCCGUGCGCCUUACCCGGGCGGUAUUGCUGCGGACCGCGACACGGGGCUUGUCAUGCGCAUCGUGAUCACCAAUCGUGGACGUUUCCCCGCCCCUAAAAUCCCAAGCCGGAUUUCGUAUGUUCCUAGGAUCAACUUCAGGGACAUUCAGAAGGUUCGAUGGCACCGCCUGGUCGAAGAAAUGGACCCGAAAACGAACCAACCCAUCCGCGUCACCAUUGACAACCUGGGGUUCAUGAACCCUGUCAGGGACUUUCCGAAGCAGGGCACGAACGAGAUCUGGCACAUCAUCAACCUCUCGGCUGACGCGCAUCCGUUCCACAUCCAUUUGAUUGACCACCGUCCGAUCGCUCGCCGCGCGUUCGAUGUCGCGGCGUUUCAGGCUGGCAGGUGCUCGUUCCGCAAAUCGGACAACAAACCUGCAUGCUGGACAAGUGGCAGGAUCCCCGUCGAUCCGACCGAGAGAGGGUGGAAGGACACAACGCCCGCGUAUCCCGGUCAGGUGCUCACGCUGUGGACAGGGUGGAAGGAUAACAACGGAAGGCCGCUUCAGUUCGACGCGUCUGUCGGGCCUGGGUAUGUGUACCAUUGCCACAUGCUGGAGCAUGAGGAUAACGACAUGAUGCGCCCGUUCAAGAUCGUGCCGAAUGGCAAAGCUGAGUGA